AUGUCGACCACCAAUAGUCAUCUCCACGACGACUCCAAGCCCGCAUCGACACCGAGCUCCAAGCCCUCGUCCAUCAAAUCCCACGAUGCAGCCAAAUCCAACGUGACGACGCCUGACCACUCGGGUCGUGCCCCCAACGGUUCGCCCUUUUCGCCACCAGACGCCGACUCCUCGCUCAAGCCGCACCAGGAGAAGGCCCCGUUGAAGGAGAGACUUACGCGCAUGUUCUCCAGCAAGGAGGUGUCCAAGACCAGUAGUGCCGCGAGCAGCGUCACCAGCGAUUCCGCCGGGCGGCCUAGAGGGGCGUCCUUGAACGGGCCCCCUACGUCGUCGCAGCCCAUGUCACGCAAAGAGUCUGCUUCCGAUCAGGGCAAAGCGGCAGUGGCCACGCCCGCCGUUGCGAAGAAGGAGCCGACGCAGCGCUUCAUGCUCAACCCAAGUGCCCCCGGUGGUCAUGAGCAUCACUUAAAGUCAAGUCGCCGUCAAGAAAAGCUCAGCGACCUCUGGCGCAGCCUCAUCGGCAAGAAACACGAAACGCCAGAAAACGACCUCUCGCUCGUCUCGAGCUGGGUCGACACGCUCAAGCAGGAGAGAGAGGACGCCGCGUUGGACAAGAAGCAUGGUGGUCCCAACGCAUCGCCCACGCUGGUCGAGAAGUACGGAAAGUGUCAGGAAAUCGUGGGCCGCGGUGCGUUUGGCAUCGUGCGCAUUUCACACAAGAAGAUCGGUCCCAACGGUGAACGACUGUUUGCCGUCAAGGAGUUCCGCCGGCGCCCCGAGGAGACGGAGAAGAAGUACAGCAAGCGCCUCACGGCCGAAUUCUGCAUCUCGUCCUCGUUGCGCCACCCCAACGUCAUCCACACGCUCGACCUCUUAAAGGACGCCAAAGGCGACUACUGCGAAGUCAUGGAGUUCUGCGCGGGCGGUGAUCUAUACUCCCUCGUGCUCUCCAGUGGCAAACUCGAGGUCCAAGAGGCCGACUGCUUCUUCAAGCAGAUGAUGAGGGGCGUCCAGUACCUGCACGAGAUGGGCGUGGCGCACCGGGACUUGAAGCCCGAGAACCUACUCUUGACCACAAGAGGUAGUCUGAAGAUUACGGACUUUGGCAACGGCGAGUGUUUCCGCAUGGCCUGGGAGACGGACGCCCACAUGGUCUCGGGCCUCUGCGGCUCCGCCCCGUACAUCUCCCCCGAGGAGUACGUGGACAGGGAGUUUGACGCGCGCGCCGUCGACGUGUGGGCUUGCGGUGUUAUCUACAUGGCAAUGCGCACCGGUCGUCACCUGUGGCGCGUAGCAAAGAAGGACGAGGACGAGUUCUACGCUCGCUACCUCGAAGGGCGCCGUGACGAAGAAGGUUACGGCCCCAUUGAAUCACUGUCGAGGGCUCGUUGUCGUAAUGUCAUCUACUCGGUCCUCGACCCCCACCCCACCAGACGUCUCACCGCUGGCCAGGUCCUCAAGUCGGAAUGGGUGCGAGAAAUCACACUCUGCAAGGCUGGCGAGGAAGGCCUGUAA